AAAUGAUCCCCAGGCUUUAAUUUCGCUUUGUUUAAAUAGUUCUCAAAAGAAAAGUCUUUUACAGUGAGCUCACCACCUCACCUCUUCACUUACUAACGCAGCCCUGGCCGGCGCUUUAUUUAUAUACUUUUCUCCCUGGGCUGCCUCCACAAGUUGCAGAGAAAGGUGACUCCUCAGAUCUUCUCAAACCUUGGGAACACCUGAAGUAGGUGGAAUAGGGUGUGGCAAGGAGGAACUGGAGCAGUGGCUUUAUCUUUCCCCCUUUUAAGCACUAAACCCCAAGAAAUAACAUGAGCAGCACCCGAGACGCCUGAGGACGCGCCCACCUGUGGAAUGGGGACUGAGAAAUGGUCUUCUCUAAGAGUCCCACCCCUCUAGCCAUCACACCUUGGUGGCAGUAGCUUUUCCAGCACCUCGUCUCAAAUCUUGAGAAAGCUGAUCCAAGUCUCCACGCGCGCUGUUGACUGCACACAACCUUGCUGCUGAAAUGGGUUGCGGAUUGAACAAGUUAGAGAAACGUGAUGAAAAACGGCCUGGGAAUAUUUAUUCAACUUUGAAGAGGCCUCAGGUGGAAACCAAGAUCGAUGUGUCCUAUGAAUACCGCUUCCUGGAGUUCACGACUCUGAGUGCCGAGGAGCUCCCGAGGUCCUCAGCAGUAAGGCUACCUUCCCUGCGGGACCUGCCUGCCCAGCUCCUGGAGCUCUACCAGCAGGGCUUCUGGUUGGCUGCCCUGCAUCCGUUCGUGCAGCCGACCCACGAGCGGGAGAAGACGCCCCUUGAACACAUCUUCAGGGCCAUCCUGGUCAAGAAAACCGAAAGAUCUCAGAAAACCGAUCUUCAGAGUGAAGGCUACAUCUUGGAAUUAGAUUGCUGUUCCUCCUUAGAGCACCUGACAGACCAGAAAAUCAUCCCAGAGUUCAUCAAGAAGAUCCAGGAGGCCGCAAGUCGGGGCCUGAAAUUUGUUGGCGUUAUACCUCAGUACCGCUCCCCUGUGAACUCAGCAGGCAGCAGCCCUCUGGUGCCUACUGCCAGCAGCACCGCCAAUCCAAGAGAUGUGAGAAACGUGCCAGGCCAGUGUGGGGACCACGCCUCGCUGGAUAAUGAGAACCCCAGGGCUGCAGAGGUGUGCAGCAUGCAGGCAGGGAUGGACAGAAGCCCAGAGUCUGGCCAAGAUCCAAGAGGGCAGAUGCUCACCACCAAGCAGCCCAGCUUACACUCAGAGGGAGAUGGUGGCGAAUUUUUUUCUCAGCAGAUGAGUAAAACACUGGAUGGACGGGAUGGUGACCCAUCAGAAGGGCAUGAAGAGCCACUCUUGGGAAAAAUGGAGAUCUUGGCCCUGUUCAACAAACCGAAGGGCCAGCAGAAGUGUCGGCAAUACUAUCCUGUCACUAUUCCACUCCGGGUCUCCAAGAAUGGUCAGACGGUGAGCAGCUUGGAUUCCAACUGGUUGGAGCACAUGAGUGACCACUUCCGGAAAGGAGGCGUGCUGGUGAACGCUGUCUUCUACCUGGGGAUGAUGAAUGAUUCCUUACAUAGCUUGACAGAUGGAGUAUUCAUCUUUGAAGCUGUUUCCACAGAAGAUAGCAAGACCAUACAGGGCUAUGAUGCUAUUGUUGUUGAACAAUGGACAGUCCUGGAAGGUGUCGAGGUGCAAACAGACUACGUGCCACUGCUGAACUCAUUGGCUGCCUAUGGCUGGCAGCUCACCUGUGUGCUACCUACUCCCGUCAUCAAGACGACCAGGGAGGGGAACGUAACCACCAAGCAGAUUGUCUUUCUCCAGAGACCAUGUCUACCUCAGAAAAUCAAGAAAAAGGAAUCAAAGUUUCAGUGGCGAUUCUCCCGAGAAGAAAUGCACAGCAGGCAGAUGAGGAAGUCCAAAGGUAAACUCGGCGCCAGAGGCAAACGACAGGCCGAAGAGAACGAGAAGAACUUAGAAGACCAGUUUUCCAAAUCUGGAGACAUGGGAAACUGUGUGCUGGGGCAUCAGGAGAAUGGGGUUCCAGGGGAGGAGGAGGGCAUGGUUUCUGAGGGGAUGGGCAUCUCUGACCAGGAGGUCAAGGGAGACAGGCUGUGUCCUGACAGCGGGCUCGGCAGUGGGGGCAUGGGGGACCCCGUGCAGAACGGCCCUGCUAGUCCCAGCAGGGCCCAGGUUGGGGGCUGCACUGGGCCCUCUGAUCCAGGAGAGCAUGGCAGGGAUGGCAGUCCUGAGGAAGUCACUGGAGAGCCUGCCGCACCAGAAGACAACUGAGUCCUAGGCAGUUUGCUCUGAAGCCAGACAAGCUGCCGACCUGAGGGACCUUUCUGGGAGCUGGCUGAGGGGCGGGUCUGUCCUGGCAUUGUGUGUUACCCUUUGGCUUGGCUUGAUCUCUCCUUGUGAGUCUCCCCGGCCCUCCAAGGGCUGGGUCCUGACAGUGUUGGUUCUUGCACAUCCAUUUGAAGUAUAUGGUGAUGCCCCAGUGUUAAGAGCAUGGGCCAAGCACUGCUCCUGGACCCCCAAGCCCUGGCUCCACGCCUCCUGUGGGAGGGUCUGAACCACCCAGUGCCUGUGUCUACCCUGAAGAGCCUCCAGGGAACAUUUGGGUCAAAUCCUUGGACCUCCCUGGCUAUACACCGAGUCUGUGUCCUCUCCCACACCCUGACGAGGCAGUGUCGGGUCUCUGCUGCUUUUGGCAGUUGCUUGGUGACUUGUUAUACCUGGAGAGCCCUGUCAGCCACCCUUCUCCACCUAAACCCUCAGACCCUGCUGCUUUGGCAAAGACACUGGGAGGGGAGGUGCCCUGCCUCCCAGCUUUUCUUAAAGUUUUCCCGUAGAUACUGGUUAUCUGGAAAUGAAGAGGUAGUUCUGCUUGCAUACUGCUCUUGCAGAAUGCCCCAGAAAGUAUUCUGUGUUAGUAUUAAUGCCAAAAAUUUUUAAAGGUUUUGUAUUCACCACAUCCUAUGAACACGCGUUAUUUCCUGUCAUUUUGGGGCAUCCCAAUUGGGUGAUUGCCCUUGUUGUGUGCUAUUUUAAUCAGUGUAUCAUUGGCCAACUUGUUAUGUAUGCUGUGUCUAUCAUGUGUUUAUAUUGUCCAGAAAGUAUUUUAAGGCUUUAAGUAGAUCCAACUGGUGAACCUUGGAGAGAUACCACAGAUUGUCUUGACCAAAAACAAUAGCCUGUCUCUUCUUUCUUCUUUAGUUACUUAAAGCAAUAAACCAUCUCUGAGUUAGUGCA